AGUGGGAGAACACAGAGGGAAGGUGCUGAGAAGCCUGAUGGGGAACUGUCUGCAGAGGAAAAUAGGCUAUUUCAGGUGCUGGAGUUGCUGUCAUAUCGAUGAAGGAUGCUCCUGCCUUCCUUGGAAAAACAUAAGCACAUUUAAAGCUGGACAAGAGUCCCCAAAGCAAAAUGAAGGGAUGACUUCAGCUCCUAUGCAGGACAAUGCUGACCAGAUCUACACAGAGGAGUUAUGCUACAUCCUCGUUGACCACAAGGCCCUCAGAGGAAGGCCAUCAGACAGCUCUGCUGAGAGGUUCUAUGAGAACGUCUCUAGCAAGGCUGAGAGACCCAGAGAGUCUUCAAGAGGAGUAGAGACGGAGUAUUCGGUCCUCCGCUUCUCUUCCACCUCUCAGCCGCUUCCUCCCGCAGAAGGUGAAUAUGAACUUCUGGUGCCCAGCAGACUCUCCUUCCGUGCCCAUCAACAGCCACGGCCACUUAGAGCCCCCUUUGAGACUCACUUUUCUCAUCGACAGUGAGUGACUAGGCUAGAGUUUGCUCGGCGCUGACAGACAAAAGCAGGAGUUGGGGACUCUGUUGGAUGACAGAUAAAAGGAGGGCUCGGGGACUCCAGUCAUGGGGCACAGAGAUCCUUAGCUUAGUUCUUCUGGAGGACCUUGGAAGAGCAGACUUUGUGGACCACAAAGCCGUUUAGAGUCUGACAAUAAUCAACAUUUAAAAAUUAGUCAGUUGUCUUGGAUGUCGCAUUGUUUGAAAAAAAAAAAAAAAAAGAGUGGCCACCUUUGCUUCUAAGUGGUUAAAAAAAAUACUCUGUGGCAGGAAGGAAGGGCUCCCCAUACCUGCACCUGGCUGUACCACAAAAGCUCUGCUCUUCUCACUAAGUUCUUAUGAAUUAUCCCCACAACUGUUUUCUGAAGCCAGGGGAGGCUUACUCAUCAGGUUACACGUCCCCAGGGGGAAUUCCCUCAUCACUGUGAAAUCCCACCUCAGCACCACUUGCGACAGGACAGCCUGUAAUAUUCCUUUACUCCAUGGGCUGGGGACAUGUCCUUCACUCAGCGUCCUUUCUCUCAUUGUCCCAAAGGCUUAGAAUUUCCUGUACCGUUGUUAAUAUAGUUUUAAACUACAUUUUCAAACUUUGAAUUUCUCCUCAGAAUUGUGUUUCUCUUCCAGUGUGGGAAAUCAUUCCCAGAACUUCAUCCAUGAUAGGCAAGUGAUCUACCUACCAUUCAGAGACAGCUCAAACCCCUCCACAUAGUUCUCAGUAGAGUCCAGCCUGGUCUACAGAGUGAGUUCCAGGACAGCCAGGGCUACACAGAGAAACCCUGUCUCAUAAAGCAAAACAAACAAACAACAACAACAAACCCUCAGUAGAACCCCCACAGUAUCAGAGUGAUGGAGUAGAAAGGCCACUGUAGAGCCAUUCAUCUCUCUAUCUUCUUUUUGGACUGAGAGAAAACAAUUCACCCAAAGGUACUUUAUUGGCAUUAGUGGCAGGAUUUUAUUCUAGCUUCCACGUCAGUGUCCUGCUACAUACUAAAUAGAGUAGAGUAAAUUUCUUCAUAAAUUAUCCAGCAUGUGUGAAAUGUCCACAUGGGAAAAAUAGCAUGCACCCCUUCUCUAUGAGCACCCCGCUGUGCCUUGAUUCUUCAUUUUCCCUCAUUUUCUUUAGAAUUUCUGCAACUGUAUCUACCCUCUGUUAGACAAGUAUGCAUAACCUGCUGACUGACCAAAUCUGACCCACCACUUGUUUCUGUAGAUAAAGGUUUAUUGAAAAACAGCCACGCUGAUUUGUCUACAUACUAUCUAUGGUUGCUCAACCAUGGUAGAAUUGAUUUGCAACACAGACCAGAGCUUUACAAAGCUAAAAAUAUCUUUAGUUUAACCUAUUCUGGAUAAUAAUUUUGAAGGCCUUUGCCCUAAACAGUGACAGUUUGAGAUAAACUUAAGAGGACUAUGAUUGGUUAUUGAUGAAACUCAUUAGGAGCAGAUACCAAUGAAAUGGCGGGAAAAUAUUAAACCACAAAUGAGAUGAGCGAGAUGAAAACAAUUAUUAGCAAAUUUGACUAUUUCUACAUUCACACCUGCAUCCUCAAGAUGUUAUUUUAUUUACCUCAUGGCCACUGUCCUAAUUUUAGGAUGUUAAAACGGCAAGAUGUUCAUUGAGACGAGCUUUGGAUGCACUAUGCAUUUAAUUACCUCUUUGUGCUCAAAGCUGAAUAAUUUUCUACUUAAAAUGUCACAAGGUAUUAGGGAGGUAUCUUAGUAAUAGGAUCCUUGUUUAGUGUGUACAAGGCAUACACAUAUGCACAUACACUUGCACACAUGUGGGCAUACAUACACACACACACACACACACACAAAUGAAUAAAUAAAUAAAUAAAUAAAUAAAUAAAUAAAUAAAUAAUGAAAUAAAUAAUGAAAUAAAAAACAAAACAGGCCAAGUCCCCAUUGAGAGGAAAUGCGGUGGCUUAAGGUCCUCUGAGUGAGUUUGCUGAGAUAUAAGCCUGUUGAUCAUCUGCAGCUUGAUCUCAGCUAACUCCCUUCUUCUACAGCUGUCUUUCACACAGAAGCCUAACUGUAGACUUUGAGCAGAAGUCACUUGGGUUCAAAGGGCGUGUCCAUGGUGAUAGGAAAUGUUGUACAAGAUGUAACACCAUGCUUAUGGGAAGCAGUGUGGGCCAGUGACUGAUUCAAGUCUUUGUUUCCCUUUUGCCUUUGACUCUGACCCACUUCCUUGAGGCUCAGUCUAUUGCACCCGUACAUGGGAGGGCUACAUCUGACAUAUAGUCAUCUAUUCUAGUUUACUUUCUACUGCUGUGAUAAAGCACUGACAAAGAGUUAAUUAAGGAAGAAAGGGUUUAUUUGACUUAUCUGUCCCAAUCAUAUUCCCUUGGGGCUGGGCUGGAGCUUGAGGCAGGAAGUGAGGCGGAGGCCAUGGAGGAAUGCUACUUAUACCUCUCUUAGUUUGCUUUCUUCUACAACCCAGGACCACCUGCUCAGGGGUGGCACU